CACAAUGCGGCUCCUCGUGCUCCUCUGCACUGCCUCUGCCCUCUCCCAGGGCAUCACCAAGCUGCGCUUGGAAAGGGGGAAGAAGCUGAGACAGGUCCUCAGGGAGAAGGCUUUGCUGCACCACUUCUUCCAGCAUCACCACUACGACAUUGGCACCAAAUUCCCACAUGCUUUUCCCAACGGGACCAAAGUGGCCACUGAGCCCCUGCUGAACACCCUUGACAUGGAGUACUAUGGGGCCAUCUCCAUCGGCACCCCACCACAGGACUUCACCGUGGUCUUCGACACCGGCUCCUCCAACCUCUGGGUUCCCUCCGUCUCCUGCACCAGCCUGGCUUGCCAAAACCAUCAGAUGUUUAACCCAUCGCAAUCCUCCACCUACAAAAGAACAGGGCAGAACUUGUCUAUCCAGUAUGGCACCGGCGCCAUGGAGGGCACCGUGGGCUCCGACACCGUCACUCUUGCAUCUCUGGUGGACAUCAACCAGCAAUUUGGCUUGAGCACCACCGAGCCCGGCCAGUUUUUUGUCCAUGUCAAAUUUGAUGGGAUCCUGGGCUUGGGCUACCCAAACCUGGCUGCUGAUGGGAUCACACCGGUGUUUGAUAAUUUGGUGAAUGAGAGCUUGCUGGAGGAGAACCUCUUCUCGGUCUAUCUGUCCCGUGAGACAACAGGGAGUGUGGUCAUCUUCGGGGGCAUCGAUGAGUCUUAUUUCACCGGCUCCAUCAGCUGGGUCUCUGUCUCUUACCAAGGUUACUGGCAGAUCUCCAUGGACAGCAUCAUUGUGAACAACCAGGAGAUCGCAUGCCGUGGGGGCUGCCAAGCGGUAGUUGACACCGGCACUUCCCUCGUGGCUGGGCCACCCUCUGACAUCAGUAACAUCCAGAGCACAGCUGGGGCCAGGCAGGACGCGUACGGAGAGUAUAAUGUGAACUGCAGCUCCAUUUCUGCCAUGCCUGAUGUCAUCUUUGUCAUCGAAGGGAUGCAGUAUCCUGUGUCUGCCUCGGCUUACACUGAGCAGAACAGCAAAGGACCUUGCAUCAGCAGCUUCCAGAACACCUCUGGGAACCUCUGGAUCUUGGGAGAUGUCUUCAUCAGAGUGUACUAUAGCAUCUUCGACCGGGCCAACAACCGCGUUGGACUGGCCAAGGCUAUUUAG